AUGUAAUUUUAAUACGUCAAUAUGAACAAAAUUUCAGUUUUACACAUAUUGGUUUUCCGAAUUUUUUCAAUGCUUAAAGGCAGGGAUGUUUGUAUUUCUAUAUAAGGUUGGCCGUGAAAUAUGUACAGUGCAUCUUCAUAUUUAUCUUCAUCUAUCUAUAUUAAUAAUAUUGGCAUUCGACCGCAUUAUGUGGCCAGAUCAAAUGUUAAGUGCAAAGAAGCAUCUUCAAGUGGAGCUCGAAAACCUGCUGUGAAUGCAAUUAAGAAUUUGUCUUUAGAACUUAAUCGGUCACAAAAUGGUUUGCAACGCGUGAUAGAACAUAAUGCUAGCAUGAGCGAUUUCUUUCAAUCUGAUCGCUUUGAGAAGCUGAUUAGUUUUACUGCUAGUGUUUUAAGUUCCUACCAAUUGCCUGCUAUAAAAAUUAGUCCCUGCUUUUAUACAAAGAGAAAAUCUAAUCAUUUAAUUGAAUUUUUACACAACUCAAUUGAGCAGAAUCGUAAUACUUGUUUACCAUGUACUUUGUUGAAUUCCCAAUUAAAAUUUGUACGUCACUUCAAGACAGACCGGUCUAUAGCUGUUGAAUUAAAAAGAAAUCCAACAAUAUUAUCCAGACUAAAACGAGCUUUCGGAGGUUCAUCACCAAAGAAUGAAAAUGAAUUGUCGUCUCAAACAGAAACACUGAAAAAGUUAUUGCAAAAGAGUGGAGAUAAUAAGAAUGUUGAGAAUAAUUUGAAAAUCGCAUUUGCUGAAGGAUAUAUGGCUGCUGUAAAUUCUGAUGAGAUGCCUAAGUCGGGAAAAACAAUGAAAUAUCUAAAAGUUUUCCAGCAAGUCUUGGUUAUUGUUGUAUUCAUAGGCAUUUUUUUAAGUCUUUUUUCAUCAUCAAAUGGUUCUGUCUUUCGAAUUCAAUUGGGGAAUCAAGUAGAGGUAGAUCCCGAAGAAAUUCACGUAACAUUUGAUGAUGUAAAAGGAUGCGAUGAAGCCAAACAAGAACUUAAAGAAGUGGUGGAAUUCUUAAAAAAUCCUGAAAAAUUUUCAAAUCUUGGUGGUAAAUUACCAAAAGGAGUUUUACUUGUUGGUCCUCCUGGUACAGGAAAAACAUUGUUGGCACGUGCAGUAGCAGGAGAAGCAAAUGUACCAUUUUUUCAUGCGGCUGGACCUGAGUUUGAUGAAGUUCUGGUUGGUCAAGGGGCAAGAAGAGUUCGGGAUUUAUUUAAAGCGGCCAAGCAGCGUGCUCCAUGCGUAAUAUUUAUAGAUGAAAUUGAUUCUGUAGGUGCAAAACGAACGAAUUCUGUCUUACAUCCAUACGCUAACCAGACCAUAAAUCAAUUAUUAUCUGAAAUGGAUGGCUUCCAUCAAAAUGCUGGUGUUAUAGUUUUGGGAGCAACAAAUAGACGAGAUGAUCUAGAUCAAGCUCUACUUCGACCCGGCCGUUUUGAUGUUGAAGUUGUAGUCUCAACUCCUGAUUUUACUGGAAGAAAAGAAAUACUUUCAUUGUAUUUAUCUCGAAUACUUCACGAUGAAAUUGAUUUAGAUGUUUUAGCUCGUGGAACUUCUGGUUUCACGGGAGCUGAUCUUGAAAACAUGAUAAAUCAAGCAGCAUUAAGAGCCGCUAUUGAUGAGGCAGAAACGGUUACAAUGAAACAUUUAGAAACCGCUCGAGAUAAAGUUCUUAUGGGCCCAGAACGUAAAGCUAGACUACCAGAUGAAGAAGCUAAUUUAAUUACUGCUUAUCAUGAAGGAGGUCAUGCGAUUGUUGCGUAUUUUACUAAGGAAUCACAUCCCUUGCAUAAAGUUACAAUAAUGCCUCGAGGUCCUUCACUUGGACAUACUGCUUACAUUCCUGAAAAGGAACGAUAUCAUGUAACAAAAGCACAACUUCUUGCUAUGAUGGAUACAAUGAUGGGCGGACGUGCAGCUGAAGAACUCAUUUUUGGGGCAGACAAAAUAACAUCUGGAGCUAGCAGUGAUUUAAAACAAGCUACUUCAAUUGCUACACACAUGGUGAAAGAUUGGGGUAUGUCGGAAAGAGUCGGUUUGCGAACUAUUGAAACUUCAAAAGGUAUAUUGGGAAGUGAACCGCUUGGACCAAAUACUGUGGAGAUUGUUGAUGCAGAAAUAAAACGUAUAUUAAAUGAAAGUUACGAACGCGCCAAACUGAUACUUAAAAGACAUACUAAGGAGCAUAAGGCUCUGGCAGAAGCAUUACUAAAAUAUGAGACUCUUGACGCUGAAGAUAUAAAAGCAAUUAUGAAUAAAACGCAAUAAAUAUGUAAUUCUUGUUACCUUAUGAAAUUUUACAACUCCAAAUAAUAAACAAUUAUUUUUUUAUUAAGUUUUGGGUAA